GUAGGUUCAUCUUUUUUGGGCACCGUAUUCAUUUCUUAUUCCAUGAAUUUGACGGAGUAAUUUUGAUUUUCUUUUUCGAGUAAGAAUCUGGUCAAAUAUUCGAUGAACCUCUACAAAAAAAAUUAACCUCUAUAAAAGUGUAGAUUAACCAAGUGUUUCAUCACAAACCAUUUCAACGUAAACGAAACAACAACUACUACUCUCAACUUUACACUCUCUUGAUAAGUCUCGAUGAUGAAUAACAUGAAGCUCUUGAUCAUCGCUGUGAUGAUCAUCUCGGCAGCUUUGCUUCCAGCGCUUGUGGUCGGAUCUCGUCCGGUAAAAUGUGACAAUUGCAUGGACGGUGGAGAAAAAGAAGAGAUCAUGAAGAUGAGUUCAGGUGUAGAUGUGAGCCAUAGGAUACUUCAAGCUAAGAGAUUUAUAGAUUACGAAGCAUUGAAGAAAAACUUACCAGCCAAACCAGAUGGUAAACCGGAUAAACCGGAUAACAAAUACCGACGUGGUUGCAGUGCCGCUACAGGAUGUUACCGCUUUACAAAUUAAACAUAAACCACCUCUCUCUUCUUCUUCUUCUUCCUUUCGUUGGUGUGUUUUAUUUUAUUUUUAAUUAGUAUUUCCAAUCACAUUUCUUAUUAUUAUAUUUUAUUGCAAUUUGUAAGCCUUUGAGGCAUUAUCU